UCCAUAGCCAAUAUCCAUGCCAUUACUAUUCCUACUUCCCAUUUCUGAGUCGGAAGGGAUAACGCACUAUCUGUGAAGGAAGUUCCAAGUUUUCAUACUUCAUUCAAUCUCAAUGGCCGCGCUUAGCUUCGGCAUCGCUACCACCAGUAUCAGCUCCGCCGCCGCCGCCGCUUAUCGUGUUUCUCCUCGCAACCGCAAAUCAACAAUUUCCUGCAUUGGAUGGGACCCUGAAGGCGUGCUUAGCCCACCCCAAGGUGGUCACCUCGCCAGGCUGGAGUUUAAGAAAAGCCUCGAGAAAGAUGCAGAUGCCCGCGAAGCCUUCGAGCGCCAGGUCCGUGAAGAGAAAGAGCGUCGUCAAGCCUUUCGACAAUCUCGUGUUGUUCCUGAUUCUCCACAAGAGCUCAUUGAGUACUUGCUUGAUACUGAAGCUCAGGAUAUUGAAUUUGAGAUUUCAAGAACGAGACCGCGAUUGAAUGAGGAAUUUUUUGCACAUCUGAAAUUUGAGUUAGGACAGCUUCGAUUUGCUGUUAACAAAACUCAGGACGUGGAGGAUCGACUGAUUGAGCUGGAGGCUCUAGAGAAGGCAAUACAGGAAGGAACAGAAGCCUAUGAUAAGAUGCAAACUGAGCUCAUCAAAGCCAAGGAAAGCCUAACCACAAUCUUGACAUCAAAGGAUGUGAAAGCAACUUUGCUGGAGAUGGUUGAACGCAAUGAACUUAAUAGAUCUUUGUUGGCCCUUCUCGAUGAAAACAUAACAAGUGCACACCAGGGCAACCAGAAACAGGCUGCAGAAUACAUGGAGAAGCUCCGCGGGGCUGUCCUCAAGUACAUUACAGUUUAGUGCAUAUAGUACGUUCUUUUACCUUAAAUGAUUAGUUCAAAGUUUUGCUGUCGAUAGUCUUGUAUCAUAUAAAGAGUAAGCUACUACAGAACUGAGAUGUUGUUGUAAUAGAUUCUCUUCUGUGAUAUCAUGGCAAACGGCUUGUAAAUUUUGAAACACUACUUGUACGUUUUCAGUUGGAAAGUCAAUAAAAAAUGAUUUUAAAAUCACAA